GUUAAAUUUAUUGUUAAAAAAAAUAAAUGAAUUAAUUAUUAAUACUUGUGAUAAAAAAUGAAAUAUUCAACGUCACCACCAACAACUCCGCGGUCGCUGUCACCAAAUAAUUUCUCCAGCGGAUUUUUCUCCUCAUCCUCGUCGCUUCCGAUUCCAAUCACUUAUCGCAACCAAACUUGCAUGGGAGGCGCGUCAAAGUGUUACAAAUAUUUGAGAAAAUUACUAAAAUUUGAGCAAAUGGAUUUUGAGUUUGCUAUGUGGCAAAUUAUAUACUUGCUAGUGUCACCUCAAAAAGUUUACAGAAAUUUUAAAAAUCGCAAACAGACAAAACUCCAAUUUGCAAGAGAUGAUCCUGCGUUUUUGGUGCUAUUAGGCUGCUGGCUGCUAAUAUCAUCAUUAGCAUUCGCUCUAGUCUUGAAAUUAGGCUUCCUUCAGUUUGUUAAAUUUUUGCUCUACUCCACUUUUGUAGAUUGUAUUGGAGUUGGAUUGUGUACAGCUACAUUAUUUUGGUUUAUUAGUAAUAAAUAUUUAAGACAUGACACUACUCAAGAUGUUGAAUGGGGAUACGCAUUUGAUAUUCAUCUAAAUGCUUUUUUUCCACCAUUAAUUAUUUUAGAUACUUUUCAAAUAUUUUUGUAUCCUGCAUUUAUAGACUAUGAUGUAUUCUCAGCAAGAUUUAUUGGUAAUACCUUAUGGCUUGUCUCCGUAGGAUAUUAUAUUUACAUAACAUUUUUAGGAUACACUAGCGUAGAAAUAUUGCAUCGCACAGCUGGAAUACUUUGGGCGUUACCAAUAGCGUUAUUAAUUUAUAUCGUAUUUUUAUGCGCUGGAAUAAAUAUAAGUAAGAUAGUAAUUAAUUUUUACCUUAAUCGGGUCGUCUAGUAAUUUAAUUAUUAAGUUCAGCAAUACUUAAUUUAAAAAUAU